AUGCCUUUCGAAAGCCAGGGCCUGCACCUGGCCAUCGCUGCGUUGGGCCAAUCUGCAGGUUCGGACACGGCCCCAUGGCUUGUGCAAUCUUCAGCUAAGCAGGCCUUGAAGAAGGAGCUUGACGCUCGGAUUCGAGAGCUGUCCCAUGGCCUCCUGAGCGUUCCAGUUCCAGCAGCCUUCGAAGGCAUGGAGAUUCAUUGGUCUCGCUGCGAAUUGGCCCGCGUUCCUCGGUGUCGGCCCUGGAACUUUACGGUGCAAUCCUUGACGGCGGAGCCCUGGCUUGCCCGAGGUGCAAAGAACACCUUGGGAGGCAACUGGCCAUGUCUGUGUGCUUGCAUGGACAGGGCCAAUGCGAACGUGUUUCUGGUAUCCGGCUGGCUGAUUUCUGUUCCUGGCUCAGUGGCGAGGCGGGGACUGAGAGAGCGAAAGGUCGAGAAGUCCCCUGGCUGCGCUUUGGCAUCUUUCCAGGACGUGGCCUCCAUUCCCUUCCCGCAGGCCUCGUCGUGGGGUGCGCUGCUCAGGCCACGGCUGUCAGACUUCGUUAUUGCGGUUAUCAGCACUUUGAGGCUCGAGGGGGGCUGCUGGGCUCUUCCGGUUCAGGGGGACGAGUCGGGGGACGAGAAUGAAGGCGCUCUUCAAAGACCUGAAAGACUCCAAUCGCGCUUCUGCAGAUUUCAGUCAGCUGCUGACACAGGACUCACUAUGGCGGAAGCCCCAGCGGCAGCUGGGGACGAUGACCAGCUUGACGAGAAGGCUUUAGCGGCGCUCAUCAAGGCGACGGGAGGCAGGAGAGGUUCGACCGGGCAGAAGAAGCAGAUCUGCGCCGAUUGUGGUGGCGUGAUCACCACCCUCUUGCUUUCUGGCGGUGAGUAUGCUGAUGGGUGCGAUGCAUGUUGGAAAGCCAAUGGCUUCGAGGGCGACCCGCCGUGCAACAUCAAGAAGUCACAGUUUCAGCAGAAAGCGCAAAAGCAGAUGGAGAAGGCCCAGCGAAGAAGAGAUCAGAAAACUCCGGCGGAGGUGCAGGCGGAGAAGCUGCAGCUGGCGCGGCAAGAGAAGCUGGAGGAAUUGAAGGCGAAGUCCCCGCUGAAGCAGGCCUUGGUGAGCCUUAUCCAACACAUCGAGGAGCAAAGCCUCUCCGAGCUCGAGCUCUUCCACGAGAUCGACCAGAACGGCGAUGGGAUCCUGACCAGAGGCGAGAUGGCUGCAGCUCUCAGGCGCCUUGGCUGUCCACUUUCGCCUUCGGAGCUUGAUGGCGUGCUGCGCUGCUUCGAUGCGGACAAUUCUGGAAGCAUCGAUUUCGCGGAGUUCUACCAGCUGCUCCGAGAGGAGUCGCACUGGAUCGAACAGCGUGAGGUAACCAAAGAAGAUCCACGCCUUUGUGGCUUUGCAAUUGGAGAUCGCGUUCGGCUCAAGUGCCGGCUCUUUUCAGACCUGUCAAAGGCAUCGCUUCUCAAAGAUGAUUUCCAGGUCACGGCUGGAAAGGUCAUGGGUCCAGGAAAGAAACAAGGCAUCAUCACAAUCGACUUGGAUAAGGGUGGAGGGGAAAUGACGGUCAAGGCUGAACUGCUGCAGAAGCUCACCGCUACUAAAGGACAUCAUCAUGGCUGUCUGUGUGAAGUAUGCUUCAUUGAGUGUUAUGGCACCGACUACUUUGGAUAUCCUCCCGAUGAUGAGGAGAACCCUUACGAACCACACUCCCCGCGCUCAGCCCAGUCGCCAUCUGGAGGCAUGAGCCCGAUGUCUGCCGGCCGAUCUGGAUUUAGUCCGGGGUCAAGCCCGAGAUCACCCGCGUCGCCUGUGAGGAAGACUUUCCCGCGUCAGUGCCACCAAGAUGCAUAUGGACAGAAUCUGGUCGCGCAAAUAGCCGGAGAAAAACUCUGGCUUCUUUUUCCGCCAAGCAGCACAUGGCUCGGCCCGCACCGCCUCCCAUACGAGGACUCCUCCACAUUUACUGAUGUGGACCCCUUUGUUCAGCUGCCGCCCGGGUGCACCGGCGUGGGUGUUAUUCUAAAGCCCGGCGAUGUGCUGGCCGUGCCGCGGCACUGGUUCCAUGCAGUCGAGUGCCUGUCGGAGGGCUGGUCCUUGUCCGUGAAUCAGUGGCUCGAUGCGGCUGGCGAUGAAGAGCAGCGGGUCCAUGAGGCCGUGGCGCGAUGCCUCGCAACACCACUGGUGGAAGCAAGGCCUAAAAAGUGGUGGCUCAAUCCCGACGAAGAGCUGCUGGAGACGAGCGAGAACAUCGACUUCCUGGCGUCGGCACUCCAGGUAGCUUCUGAUGAUCACCAGGAUCUGCCCGUGGAAGCCGUGCAAGCAGCAUUACUCCGUGCUGCGACACAUCCCGAGGUGGUUUCCCUGAUCGUCCGACGUGUCAAAGAAGAUCUGUGCCAAGGGCCAAGCAUCAAAAAGCUGCGUGCGAGAAGCCGCCGACAGCCUGGAGAUUCACAGUCCUAA